AACCUCUGAACCACUGCGCACGCCUCCUUCCUGAAGGCGGCCACCUAAUUCUUGCAUCCUGCCCGUCGGUGCACGUUCGGACGUACACAGAAGCUCCUCGGGGCCUGACGAAAGGUGCCCGUUGGACUCAAGCAGGCCUGGCCCUGCCGCUCACCGAUUGCAUAAGCCUAAAGCAAGUGGCUUCGUGACUCAGCCUCAGUCUCCUCAUCUGUCAAAUGGGCAAGUGUUACCGGCCUCAGGAGUCGUUCCGAGGAUUAAGUGACGUCAGGGACGCAAAGCCCUUUGCACAGGGCUGGGCACGUAGCAAGCUACGCAAGGCCAUCGCUGUAUGAAGUCCUCUCCGUCUUCACAGGCCCAGAGGCCAGCAGGGGCCAGGCUCCGAGUGACGCCGCACUAGUUGAGACACCUAAUGAACGGCUGCCCUCUGCUCGAAUCCCCACUUUUUAAACUCUAAUUCCAUUCUGGGGAGAAAAGGUCAGAGCCUGCGGCCAGCUGCCCCUCCGCCUCACUCAGGCCAGAUGGGGAGGCAGGGACGCUCUGAUCCCUCCCCGACCAGAGGAGAUUUCCGCCCCAGCUGCCACAGCUCUGUGUCCCAGGGCCCCGAAACCAGGAGAGGCAAAGAAGUGACAGAGAAGAGAAGGAGGCUGAGCCACCGAGGGGGACCGGGAGCCGUCUUGAGAUUGGUGCCUGGUGAGCUCCGCCAGCCCGGCCCCUCCAUGCAGUUCCCCACGGGCCCCGCCUGCAUCUUCCUGCGGAAAGGCAUCGCUGAGAAGCAGCGGGAAAGACCACUCGGACAAGAUGAGAUCGAAGAGCUCCGGGAGGCAUUUCUUGAGUUUGACAAGGACCGAGAUGGGUUCAUCUCUUGUAAGGACUUGGGAAAUCUCAUGAGGACAAUGGGUUACAUGCCCACGGAGAUGGAACUGACUGAACUGGGCCAGCAAAUCCGCAUGAACCUGGGCGGCCGCGUGGACUUUGACGACUUUGUGGAGCUGAUGACCCCCAAGUUGCUGGCAGAGACGGUGGGGAUGAUCGGCGUCCAGGAGCUGAGAGAUGCCUUCAAGGAAUUUGACGGCAACGGGGACGGGGCGAUCACCCUGGGGGAGCUGCAGCAGGCCGUGCGGAGGCUGCUGGGGGAGGCGCUGAGCGCGCGGGAGCUGGCCGAGGUGGUCCGGGAAGCCGACGUGAACGGAGAUGGCACCGUGGACUUUGAAGAGUUUGUGAAGAUGAUGUCUCGCUGACGAGGUUCUGGGAACGCCAGCCGCUCCCCACCUGGUGAUGGGGAUUAAGCAUGAGGAUGAGGACCGAAUACCCUUGGGGGGGUGAGGAGAGGGGAGGGGGACUGGAAAGACAUUGGUGGGAAAGUGAGCGCCUUGCCCUGGUUGGGGGCGGUGGUGACAUCUCUAGAACUGGAUUAAGGAGGAAGAAUCCAUGAAUGGAAUGGGAACAGGACUGGGGUCCAGUUGCCGCCCCAAAAAUUCCAGCGACCAACGCCAUCUUUUGAGGCCACGUCAUCCCACCUCCCCGCCACCUGCCCGCCUCUCCCCCAGCCUCCUCUUGCGUGGAGUGGUCUGUUCUCCUCACCA